AUGGAUAAGCUUUUAAUAAUAUUAGCUUGUCUAAAUUUAAUAAAAAUUUCAUUUUAAGAAAUUUGCCCUUUUGAUAUUGAUUUAGGUUAUUCCUCUACUAGUUGUUAAGGAUAAAUAGGAGAUUAGAAUGUUUUAGGAGGAGAAUUAUUAUUCUUUAAAAAAUAGGAUAAAUAUGAAUAGCUAAUGGUAGAUUAUGGAAGUUAAGGCUUGCUUGGAGUGUGGAAUCUUACAGAUGCUAGUCUUUUUUAUUCAACUUCAUAUUUUUAAGAUAACAAAAUUCAAAUUCAUUCUAUUUUUACUGAUAAGCAAAUCAACAUUUCUGAUUUAUCUUUAUCAGAAACUUUCAUAUACAUAAUAGAUAUCAAUUUUAAUGUAUAUUAAUAAAGUCUCUAUUAAUAGAAUAGUACAGCUAUUAAAUAUAACUUUGAAACUAUAGAUAAUAGUUAGUAACAAUAAAUUUAAGUUUGUUACAACAUUAAAAAUAAUAUUUUGUACUACCCUAAAGAUAACUAUGUCUACCUUCGCUCGGUUGGAUAAUCUUUUUAAAUAAAAUUAGAUUCUGAUGGAAUUCAAUGCGAAAGUGAUUUUACUUAAGACUACAUAUUUGUUCUUUCAUCUAAUAAUAGCAUUUACAAGAUAAGCUAAACUAAUUUUGAAAUCUAAAAUAUUUUAUAAUUUUAAUUAGGAAAUAUUACAAAUUUGAAAUUCUAAUAAAGCUAAGGAUUAACAUUCAUAAGUUAUAAUAUAAGUGGAUAUUCCAUUUUCUCUUUGAAUUAAAAUUUUAAUUAACAUAAUUUACUUUUUUUCUCUCCAAAUUAAAUUAACGACUAUGGAUUUUUAAAUGAUGGAUCUUUGAUAGUAUGUGGAAGUAAUUCAAUGAUUUAUUUUGGUUCUUAGUUUAUAAAUCCUGCGACAUAAUUGAUGGAUUAUAGCGAUUAUAAUGUGUACGAUAGUCUUAAUGCACUACCUCCUUAAGAUUUAAAGUUAAUAAAUUACACUAAGCUAAUUGUAGGAGAUGAUUUCACAGUAUUUUAUGGUAAUUAAACAAUGAUAACUGUGGUAGUAAAUGAAAAUAGAGUUAUACAACUUAACAAAUGCUUAGGCUCAUAAUUACUUUUAGGUGUUACUCCAAAUGCUAUUUUUGAAGGUUCCAUAUUAAAAACGUUAACAUCUAGUGGAAUGGUAUUUAUAGAUAUAACAAAUGGGCAAAUAAAAAGGCAGACAAGCUGCUUCUAUACAUAUGAUAUACCAAAUGAAUAAGUAGAAGGUCUUUAUUUUGAUGAUGAAUUACUUAGAAUUUACAUGAUUGAGAAUUAAGGGAAAUUAGGUUACUAUAGCUUUCCAAAGGGUGAAUAUCUGACUUAAUAUUAUAAUCUCUCAACUUUUAGUAGAUUAUAAUUUAAUAAGUAAGGAGAUUAAAUAUAUAUUUGGCCUGCUUGGACUCCUUAAAAUUAUUUAGUAAUAACAACUUAUCUAGAUGGAACUUUUUUAUAAAUUCUACAUUUUGAAGAAAGUUUCAAAGUUAACUAAGUUUAUUUUGACAAUAAUUUAUCAAUUAUUUUAGUUGUAGAUUUAAGCUAAAAAUUAUAUGCUUUUAAUUAUAAAAAAUUUAAUCUAUUCUACGAUUCACCAAUUACUAAUUAUACUGUAAAAGUUUUUUAAAGUCAGUAUGGACCAAUUAUUGUGUAUUAAAAUUUGAUACAAAUGCUCACUUAAGGAUCGGAUAGUCACUAAAUUUAAAUAAAUACUUUAAAUUUACAAAAUUAUUACUCUAAUUAAACAUACUUUGAUACUUUUUCAAACUCAUUGAUCCUUUUUAAUGUAGUUGGGACGUUAUAAAUUGCAAUAAUAGAAAAUACUUAAAACAUAAAUAUAAAAAGUUUAUCAUUCAAGUAAAAGUAAAAUUAAGUAUCUUAAAGUGCUUGCUUUGGAAAUAAAUAUUUAGUUAUUUUAAUGGCUUCUCCAAACGAAAUUAUCCUAAUUAACAAAUAGACAAAUGAUUUAAAAAUGAUUAAUUUUGCAUUUAUAAUACCAAACUAGUGUUUACUACUGCUGGAUGAAGAAUUACUCUUAGUUGUCGCUAAUGGAAACUAACUUGUUUUUAUUGAUGUUUAAUCUUAAAUUUUUUUGAAAAAUGAGUAACUUGAUUAAGGAAGUUCUACUGUUUCCUCUAUCUAAAUUGAUGAGGAGGAAAAAUUAUUAAUUAUUUUGCUUUCUACCAAUCAAAUUUUUAGUUACGAUUACUCAACUUUAGAAUAAGUUUGUGAUUGGAUAGCGACUAGUUAAAUUACACUUUCUACUUUUUAGAUAAACACUUCUUAUAAAAAAAUUCUAUAUGGCUCAGGCCUUAUGAUUUAUUUUAUUGAUUAUACUUAGAAAAAAUUAAUGAAACAAAUAUAAUUUGUAGAGAAAACUUAAGGAGGGGUUAUAGAUUAAUAUACAAACAGCAUAUUUAUUUAUACUGAUAAAGUUUAUUAGUAUGAUCUUUAAACAUAUAAUAUGAUUUUAGUGUCAUAAUUUAAACAUCUUUAAUUAAUAAACCAAUUAAACAUCAUUUAUGAAUGGAGUAUUAUUGCGACUUCUUCUUUAGAUAACACUAUUGCUAUUCAUAGUUAUCCAAAAUUAAAUUUCAUAUAAUUACUUUAGCAUGAUCCUAUUGAUUGCCAAAUUGUAAAUACUUUUGCUGUUGAUGUAGAAAACAACAGAAUAAUUUCAGGUUGUACAGGUGGGAGUAUUUAUGUAGAUUGGUUUCCAUUAUUAGUUUAACUGAGUAGUUUUGACUAAUAAGUUAAUAUAAUUUAAGUUUUAUAAGGAACAGAUGGGGCAUAUGACAAGCUUAAUUAAUGUAUACUUACUUUUGACUAAGAUGGGUAUGUUUGGAAUUACAAUAUCACUUCCUAAAGUUACAUUUUUACAAAACUGUUUCCUAUUCAUUAAGGUUAAGUAUAAUCAAUAGUUCUAGAUCCUAUUAAUUAAAGAUUUGGGAGUAUGGGAUUAGAUAAUAAAGUAUAAAUAUGGCCAUAUAAUUCUUAAAAUGCUCAAAUACCACUUUUUUAAUAUAAAAACAUAGCUUAAAUUUAAUAUGGCUAUUUAGAUUUAAUUAUUUCAUUUUCGAAUGAUUAAACAGUAAGAUUUUGGGAAUACGAGUUUUCUAUACAAAAUAGCUAUUUUUAGAUUAUUCAUAGAUCAUCUUCAAUUAUAAGUUAUGCUUUUGAUGAAGAAAAUAAAAGUCUAUAUUAUACUAGGUCUGAGGGUAAUAUUUAAAAGUGGUCUUUAAUGGAUUAAUAGGCAAUAAAUGGGCCUAUUUUAUAAUUUAACGAUAGAUAAGUUGAAUAAGUAUAAUCAGAUUACAUAAUAACUGUUCUUUCAUAUAAUUAUAAUGGUAUCAAUUUUAUGAUGACAGAUACCUUAGGAUAAAGAGAUUGCCAAUAUAAUACUAACGAUGCUGAUUAUUUUUAGUUAUAUACAAGACUUAAACAAUAUUAGAAUUUGAGGAAAAAUAUAUUGAAAGAUGAUGAUGGAGGAUCACUAUAUUUUAUUGAUAUGUCUGAUUGUGUGCUAAAAAAUGUAACUUUUACGAAUAACACAGCUAGAGAAAAUGGAGGAGUUUUUUUGCUUAAUAACUCAAAUAUUUAAAUUUAGAAUAGCACUUUUGAGAGAAACAAAGCAUUAAUAGGAGGAAUAGCUAGAUAUUUCACCUUUAUACCCUUAUUCCUUAAAAAAAAUAGUAGCGAGUUAGCUAAAGAUUCAUGUGGUACCACUUAUUAAAAUAAUUGCAUAGAUAAUUAUGGUUAAUUCUAUGGUAACAAUUUCUGUUCUUAUCCAUAAAGUGCUAAAAUUAAUAAUCAGUCUUUACAAAAUGGAUCAAUAUAUGUAUUUAAAAAUGUAUAAAGUGGAACGUAAAAUAAUAUUUUGAAAAUAAACAUCUUAGACGAAGAAGGAAAUUAAGUAAAAUUUUAAAAUUAAAAAAACAUUCCUGAUAGAAUAUUACAAGAAUUUUCUUAGUAUUAUGUUGAGCUCUAGGAGCUAUAUUUGCUAAACAAUAUUCCGGAUUUAAGGUAAAUUGACUUGAAAUUAUAAGGAGAAACUAUUCAACCUUUUGAGUCCGAUGAAUAUCUUUUAGAUUAGUACUAAGUAUCAGGGUAAUUAGGUAAUAUAGGGAGAGCAGUACUGUAAUUUAAAGGAUUCUACCUGUUUUCUAAUUUAACAUAAGGGUUUACUGAUACUUUAACUAUUUAUAUUGAUUACAACUUUAGAAAUUGUUAAAUAGGAGAAAUAAUAUAAUCAGCUUGCACAUCUUGUUCAUUAGCAAACUGUUAUACAUGUUAAAAUGGUACAUACUCAAUUGAAGAUCCAAACUCAAAUACUAGUAAUAUGUAAUGCAAGCCUUGUGAUUACUCAUCUUGUAUUUCUUGUUAUGGAAGCUAAAUUACAUUAAAAUAAGGAUUUUGGAGAUCUGAUAAAUUCAAUGAUAGAAUAAUACCUUGUACUACUAAAUCGUAAAACUUUUGUAAUGGAUAAGAAGAUACUAAUUAUUGCUCUAAAGGUUUUAUCGGACCUCUAUGCUAGACUUGUGAUAUAUUAGGAUAGUUUUGGAAUCAUUCUUAUGGAAGAAGUGGUUUAGAAGUUAAUUGUUUUAAUUGCUAAUCAGAAGAUAAAUAAAUAGUUGAAUAGAUUUUUAUAUGUUUCAUUACAUUGUUAUAUUUGACCUAUUUAUUUUACUAAACUAAAAUAAAUUUAAGUAUGAUGACUAAGGUAUUGAUUAUUGAUAGGCUAGGACUAAUUAGAUUAGGUAAUUCAGGUUAAAUAGGUGAAAAAAGUUUUUAUAGUAGAUUGAUGAUUAGAUAUCUUUAAAUCUUUAUUAGUAUUUCUAGUCUUAGUCCAAAACCAAUAUUUAACUUACAAGUAAUCUCAAUAUUUUCUCCUGUAAGUUCCAAUUAAAAUUUGUUUGAUUGUAUUAUAAGUAAAUUUAGUACUAUCUUACCAGUAUAUUAUUACAAAGUUCUAUUUUUUAUAGCAUUUCCUUUAAUAGUUAUUCCUUUAGGGUACUUAUUCUACAUUUUAGUAGUUAAAGUGAUAAGCUAUUUCUCUAAACAAGAAAAGAACUCUUUUUAUUUUGAAUUCAAGGUAAAUUUAUAUUUUAAAAUAAUUUUUUAUAAUCAAAUAACUUCAAAUUUUUUUCUAGAAAGACUCUACUGUCAUUUGCUUUGUGUUCCUAUUCUUUUUCUUGUAGUAAAGCUCCUUUGA